ACGUUUACAUUCUGUUCUCGACAUCGCGUUCAUUGUGGGGAGCCAUUACCCUCGUCCGCGCUAAGCAUCGUGCCAUAUUCCCAUUCGCGCCCUAAUACUAACAACAUUCUCGUAGUUUUAAGUGAAAUAUUAUGAGAGUGAAGACCGAAAUGGACGACGACGAAAAGGGAAAGUUGUUUGUUGGUGGUUUGUCCUGGGAGACAACACAAGAAAACCUACAACGCUACUUUGGCCGUUAUGGCGAAGUAAUUGACUGCGUUGUUAUGAAAAAUAGUGAAUCUGGCCGUAGCCGUGGAUUUGGAUUUGUAACAUUUAGUGAUCCAGCUAAUGUCCCUUUGGUUCUACAAAAUGGACCACAUCAGCUUGAUGGGCGCACAAUCGAUCCGAAACCCUGUAAUCCACGCACUCAACAAAAGCCAAAACGCAGCGGGGGCUUUCCAAAGGUUUUCCUUGGUGGAUUACCAAGUAACGUGACAGAGACAGACUUAAGGACUUUCUUCAAUCGCUAUGGCAAGGUUAUGGAAGUUGUCAUAAUGUACGACCAAGAAAAGAAGAAAUCAAGAGGAUUUGGCUUCCUCAGCUUCGAGGAUGAAGAUGCGGUGGACCGAUGUGUAGCAGAGCAUUUCGUCAACUUGAACGGAAAACAGGUUGAAAUCAAACGCGCAGAACCACGAGAUUCUUCGAGCAAAAUGAAUGAUAGUCAUCAAGGUCAGUGGGGUCCACCACAACAGGGUGGACCUCCAAUGGGAAUGGCUGGGAAUAUGGGACCUAUGGGUGGUCCAAACGGACAAAUGGGUGGACCUAUGAUGGGUGGCCCGAUGGGUCCACCAGGAAACAUGAUGCAACAGUAUCAGGGUUGGGGUACAAGUCCUCAGACCGGUGGAUACGCUGGGUACACUACUCAGUAUAAUUCUCAAGGUUGGGGUGCACCUCCUGCUCCUCCUCAGCAACAACAAAUUCCACCACCACCACACCAUCAAUGGGGUAACAGUUACAAUGUCCAACCUGCAGCAGCCACUCAAGGUUAUGGAAGUUACGGUGGGCCGGCGGCGGCCGCUUCAGGGGGCUAUGGGCCCACAGCGGGUACUGGCGGGGCUGCGGGGGGCGGUCCCGGGGGUUCCUGGAACUCCUGGAACAUGCCACAGAACGGGCCCCCACCUGGGACCCAGCCACCACCUCAGCCUCCUCAGCCUAACUCCUCGCAGCCCAACUCCAACUCGAACCCCUCUGGCCCGCAGGGUGACAUGUAUUCGCGACAGACCACCGGCUCAGGUGCACCUGGGUCCAGUAGCAGUUCAGCCAAGACUCCGGAUUACGCUAACUAUAGCUCCGCAUAUGGUAAUUAUGCUGACACCAGUUACCCACAACGUUCGUAUCAAGCAGGAGAAAGCAACCAAGGCGAGGGUUGGCCAACCGUUCUCGUACGUGGCGGCCAGGCGAAAGGGGUUGGAGAACACUGGAAAGGAGGAAGAACAAGAAGGGGUCGGAAAGCGCGAAGGAAAGAAAUUCCAUGGAAUAGCAAAGCAACGAUGAGCAGUAUGAAGUUUUUUCCCAUCGUUCUGGUACUCUUCGGAGGCACCCAUAUUCUCUACGCGCAACCUUCGGCAUCUCCAACGGUGAAAAGCAUUGGUGGAUCGAGCUUGGCGAGCGUGGUGGGUGCAAGUAAAUUGACGAAGCCUCUGAAUAAACCGGAAUUCGACGACAUUGCCCCUCGAAAUAUCACCGCCAUCGUUGGUCAAACUGCGGAAUUGAACUGUUUCGUGAAGCAUCCUGGAGACAGAGUGGUAUCUUGGAUACGUAAGAGAGACCUGCACAUACUCACUUCAUCGAUCUAUGCGUACACGGGAGACGAGAGAUUUUCCGUGAAACAUCCGGAAGCAUCCGAUGAAUGGACGUUGAAGAUCGAUUACGUGCAGCAGCGUGAUGCCGGGGUUUACGAAUGCCAGGUCAACACCGAGCCCAAAAUGAAUUUAGCCUUCGUGUUGAGAGUCGAAGCCGCUCAGGCGAAAAUCCUGGGUCAGGCAGACGUUUACGUGAAGAAGGGUAGCACGAUAAGCCUCACGUGCACCGUUAAUGUGCAAAGUACACCGCCCAGCAGCGUUUCGUGGCAUCACGGAGGAGCUGUGGUGGAUUUCGACAGUCCCAGCGUUCACCGCAGGGGCGGUGUUUCCUUGGAUACCGAGAAGACGGAAAGCGGCACCACCAGCAAACUUCUGGUGACACAGGCCAGAUUGACCGACAGCGGAAAUUACACCUGCAUUCCCAGCAACGCGAAUCCAGCCAGCGUAAUGGUCCACGUGCUGAAUGGGGAGCAUCCAGCGGCCAUGCAGCACGGCGGAAGUUGCGUCGUGACACCCACCAUUCUGCUCGCGACCUUCACCCUUUUGGUCGCUAACCUGCUGAGGUGAGCAGCCUCGUGAAUCGUGUCGGCUUCCUAACCACGAAGUUGAACUCGUUUCCCGAAAUGGGAUAGUUAAAAGUGUCACGAAAACGGGACACCCCUCUACCGGAAGUUACAGUGAAUAUACCGUUCGAUUCGAUUUUCGACCAGUGACCGAGUCGAUGGUUUAAGCAGGAGAAAAAGGAUCGAGCGAGGACAAAGUGCAGUGGAUCGAGCUGUGUGAUGGACCCAGUGACGUGCAAGUGGAUCACGAUCUUCCUCACGUACGUUUUUACCGAAAUUUAUCCCCUAUAAACUACUAUUCCUACCAAUUUCUCUACGGAGCUUGCAAUUGUGACACGUGGAAGUGACUAUCUCGCGAGCAUACUGUGUGAAACGUUCGCUUUGGUGAAUCCUGUGAACGUUAAACUUUGUUGUGAAUAACAAAAAACCUCUCUAGUUUGAUAAUCAAACGAGUGUACUCGGUGUGUUUGCCUCCGGAAAAAUAUCGUCGAGCUGAUCGACGAAACGCGAGAAUCCGAGAGGCGUAGAAUCGAUAAUUACCGUCGAACCGUAUCGUCGUAGAUAGCGUAAGUUUUUCUGUAUAUAAAAUGAAUAGGAUUUUGUCGCGACCUCGUUUGUACAGUACAACACGUCUGAGAAUAACGAAACAUCGGAUCUGGGCAACGUUUGUACAUAUAUCUUCCAAUUUUAUGCUUAACCCUUUCGCUGUUGCGGUUUUUAAACGAAACUCACAGAAGUCUUUUUCUUAUCGGUAAACAUUCAUAUUGAAGGGCUAAAAAGAACUUCGAAGUUGGGGUCGAGUUUCUUAUCGAACGUUUUAGUCAAAUAUUUUGAAACGCAAAUUAUAACUUUUUCAAUACUGAUUUAUGACUGUCGAUAAAAGGGUAAGAGGAAAUAUUGUCGAUUAGGUUUUUGAUUUUUCUUGUGAUUUAAGGUAAGUAUUAACGCGUGACGAUACAUUUAUGUAAUUGUAUUGUCAAGCUAAACGCUGCAAAUUCGGUUAAUCGAAAUAAUAGCCCCAAGAAACCAUAUAUCCUCUUGAUAGUUAAAUUCCCACUGCCACUCAGUAGGCGCACAACAGUAAUCGCAUCAAUAACGAAAGGAUUAAUGUUUGACAACGUAAGCUCCUCUCAAUAAACAUCGACUUACGAAACUUGCUCUCGCGAUUGGUGAAUCGAUGCGUUCAAAGUUUGCCCAGGUCUGACUAAUUACCCUCCAUUCUCAUCGAAACGUCUGUAAUUUCAUCGACGAACGUGCGCUGUUCUUCGACGCGUAAUCGCACCCAAUCGUUUGAAGAAUGUUUCUGUUCCCCGAGAAUUGCUCACUAUUAUCUGCUCAGUCUGUUCAGGGAACGCGAUCGUUUCAUCCGUGCCUAUUUUAUCUCAGACGUUUCGCUAAUAAUCCUUUCGGUCGAUACUCGUGUCGAAGAUCCGUCAAUGGUUUGAUCGUUCAACGAUGAUCGUCUAAUCAAAAUGCAAUCACAUUCAAUUAACUUGUAAGAAUCGCGAGAAACGCGAUCGUUGUAGGGUCCGUGUAUAGUUAAGUGUCCGGGGGUAAAUGUAAAUUUCUAUAAGAAUAAGAGUGUCGUUAACAGGAAGCGCGCGUGUAAAUGCUGCUAACGAAUUGAUCACGAAAAAGAACAUUUGCAACAUACGUAAUCGAUACAAUAAAUCUCGUUGUUUCGCGCGUUUGUUUUCGUAUUCCCUAGCGUGAUUAACAUUUCGCAUCGAAGUCAUUCGAAGAGUUGCUCGAAAUGUUCAUUGAGGAACGCUAAUCGAGACGGUGCUAAAUUCGUUACGUUCUUUCUUAGUCGAUCAAACGAAGCUCAUUUUUUCUCGAAUCAAACUUCUUACAAGCUGAGUGCACGAUCUUUGGAACACGGGCUGUAAACUUUACGCGAUUAUAGGUUUUACCGUAAAUUCGAAAAUUUUGAGACCGGGAAGUUGGGAAUUCAACGAUGCGAAAACUUCCCCUUACUUUGGAACAGUGGAUGCUGUAAUUUUGCAAAAUUAUCACUUUAAGUCCCUAACGAUUGUGCAAAAUUUCGAAGAAAUUAGUGUUCCAAAGAUCGUGCGCUUCCCUUCUUAGAUCAUUGUCGCGAGGUAAAUUCACGAUUUACGGACGGUAGUCGAUUAGCAAAUUUACUACUAAUGUAAACGAAUAAACGAUAUCAUAAAAAGUUAGACGAUUAAGUCGCGACGCAUACCUUAGGUCUAAAUAUAGAUUUUUUAUAAUGUUGUAUCACGAGGAGACAGUUAGGGUCUACGGUGUAAAACAGACUGCCAGAACGCAUUCACGGUGUUAACAGUUGCAAUUGGUACGAAUGGAUUUCGACUAUAGACAGAAUGACACGCGAUAUAUAAAUAUAUAAAUAUAUAUAUAUAUACAUACACAUUAUUCCUUCUUGUAUAGUUUAUACGGUAAUUUAUGUCGUUGUGAGAGGACAAUAUUUUAAAGUUGACGCGUGAGGAUUAACGUUAAAGUGAACGAUUUUAGGCGCAAUUAAAAGGUAAUCGAAGAAAAACGAACGAAUCGAUCGGAGAUCGACGAUGAAUGCUUGAUCGUGUGUGAUAUUUCAAGAAUCUGACGUUCCUGGAUGGACGUUGAUCCAUUUCACGAUAUUGGAAACAAGAGAACGAUCGUCGGUGAAGUUUCAUUCGGUGUUUCACGGGUAGAGGUUUUUUCUCGAUCCCCCGAGUCUCGUUCCUUUUCGAAUGAUACCGUUGAUCCUAUAUCGGCGCGGUUUCGCACGAAACAAGAACGCGAGUGAGAAGAAAGGAGGAAGAAACGGAGAGAAGAAAACUAUCGAGAGAACGUUAUUGUUUGACGACUAGGUAAUCGAUAAUCGCGGCUCGCGUAAUUACGGAAUGUUGCACACAUUUAUAGCUAAGUCUAGGUCGCAUUGUACAUACAGUUCAUAAUCGAUAAUGUACCACGUUAUAGAGGAACGUCAGCAUGAAUCAAAGAGGCGGAAGUAAAACGAAAGAAGCGGCAAACGAGUACAGACUAUUAUACUGUAAAGAUAUUCAUCGACGUGAAUACUGUUUCAAUAAAUGUAAUGAUGAU